CUCAACCCCGUCCGCGCAGCGAUACUUUAUCCCAAGUCUCCUGAGUUAUGACUCCAGACCGCGCCAGACAACAGAACUUCUCGUCUCGGCGUGGCGGAUGGUUUCUGGGCACAGACUGUAUCAGGUUGCUGGACUCCCCUGCUCGCCUCUGCGCGUAAAGCUUCAGCUUUAAUGCGUAAAAGAUCUGCCGGGAUUUAUUUAUCAGACGGGAAAGUGGAAAACGCACCCCCUGGGCUCGCAUUUUGAGCCAACGUGCAUCAUUUGGCAGUUUAAUGCAGAUGAUCUCCGUUGCAUGAGGUCGAUUUUCCCCAACUAAUGCCUGGAUUGCAACUGCUUAAAAACCAAACUUUGACUCAACUCACUUCCCAACUUCUUUCCACUGCAGAGCCAACAGGUGCGCAGUUGCGCUGCGCAGCGGAGGCGAGUUUGGUAACUCUGGAGAGGAUUUGUUCUCUUUCACCGAGUUAAAAUUUCACUUUAUAGCCUACGGACGAACUAAUGAUCAAGAUUAUGUGGAGUUUACCCGGCGUCUGUCCUCCCCAAAUGUGUCCAAAACAGCACUGGUGUCCUGUAAGCGGCGCGUAUGUGUGGUGAUACAAACCAUCCCGUCUCCAGCGCUGCGUGAUCUGCCAACUACAACUCAUCCAAAUGAUCCUUUCAUUCAUAUUCCUCCUUGCAUCGCUUCUCCAACAAUAUGGCACGGAAGCUGAAUCGAGUCACGUCAGUAAAUUUCACCUCCCAAUCCUGAAGGAGCAAAACGGAGUGCAAGAUUCCCUUCAUGAAAAAGUCAUAACAGUGUCUGGAGAGGGAAUGGUCCACAGCCCAGACUUUCCACACACCUAUCCCAGGAAUACCGUGUUAGUCUGGAGACUAGUGGCAGCGAACAACAUGAGGAUCCAGCUCACGUUCGAUGAAAGGUUUGGUCUAGAGGAUCCUGAAGACGAAAUAUGCAAGUACGACUUUGUGGAAAUACAGGAUCCAGCUGAGAAGAUGUUCCUGGGUCGCUGGUGCGGGUCAGAGUUGGUACCAGCCAGUUACACGUCGAAAGGAAGUCAGAUCAUUAUUCGCUUCGUGUCUGAUGAGUAUUUCCCCUCAGAGCCAGGAUUCUGCAUCCGUUACUCCCUGCUGCCUGUGAGUGUGUCAGAACCGGAGGUCCCCCCGGUUCCCCCCCAGGCCCAGCAGACCAUGGAGCAGCUCUCCGAAGCCGUGGGAGAGCUCAGCACCGUGGAGGAGGUCAUGAAGUACCUGGAACCCGAGCAGUGGCAGCUGGACAUGGAGGAGCUGUACAAACCCACCUGGCUCGUGCUGGGGAAAUCCUUCAUUCACAACAAGAAGUCAAGAGGGGGAGCCGAUCUAAACAUGCUGAGGGACGAGGUUCGGCUGUACAGCUGCACGCCACGCAACUACUCCGUCUCCUUGCGUGAGGAGCUGAAAAGGACAGAUGCCAUUUUCUGGCCCAGCUGCCUCCUGGUGAAGCGCUGCGGUGGAAACUGUGCCUGCUGCUCUCACCGCUGCUACGACUGCCAGUGCAUUCCUGCCAGGGUCACCAAGAAAUACCACGAGGUUCUUCUGUUGAAACAUCGGAGCGGUGGGAGAGGCCUGCAGAAGUCCAUGGCCGACGUGCCCUUGGAGCACCAUGAAGAGUGCACUUGUGUGUGUAGAGACGACUCGGACUGACCUCAGACAUGCAUUAUAGCCACACUCAGGAGUUUGGAGAUGAACCCCCGCCGCUGCGCUCGCUCUCUCAUCCACUUCCACUGGGAGCUAACGAGAUUCCCCCUUUAUCCUGUUGUCCUUUCACUAAUUGGAUGAAGCAGAAACAGACUGGAAUCUAAUAAAUCUCCUGAAAAGACACGGCUGCUGUGGAAUACCAAUGGUGUGCUUUGGAGAGAAAAAAAUGUCACUGGACAAGAUGUGGACUACAGUAUUGCCUCCGAAGACUUAUCUUCUUCAGCUCCUACAAGAUAUGAACAUUGAGGGAUCUUUGCCCCUUUUUUUUAAGUUCAGUCAGUGUUGGAUGAAUGUGUCAUGGAAAAUGGGAGCUUCUUUGUUCCACUCCUUUUUCAUGUCUAUAAGUGAGCUGACUCCAGCUGCCUUACUCCGUCAUCUCUAUUAUUACCAUGACGGCAAAGAAAGGUGCUCUUUAUAAGUAGUAUUCCUUUGCUCUGUCCCUAUUUUCACUGCAGAUUCAAUCAGUGUUUAAAUGCAGCUGCCUCCCGUGUAAAUAUUUUUACUUUACUUUUUUUUCUAUAUUAUUGUCUCUUUUUCUUCCUUAAAAAUUCUCAAGGAAAAGAACUUGUACAUGAUCAGGUGGCCAUCCAUCAGAAAGUCUGCGUUUGAUUUAACAUCAGAUCUGCUUGCUUGAGUGCCUAAAGUCUAGCUAUGUUUGCGACAUCUUGUCAGAUAUUUAUUUCUUUAACAAAAGGGAAUUUAGGUCACACAUGCCUUCUUUGCUACAUUUGUCCCUGUACAGUAGUAUUAGCUUACAUUUUCCUUUUUUUUUUUUUGUUGCCAUUUUUAAUUACAUCAUUGAUGUACCAAAGUUAUUUAUCUCUACCUUACAACUGUUUGUUUAUUUCAUAGUACUGAAGAUCAACAAUAAAUUCUUCCAUUUCUAACUGAACGUGCCGUAUUUGGGACUUUUGAGCCACAAACAAAGUCAGAGAGAGAAGACGUCAAAAAUGCUGACAAACAGAGUAAAGUUCUAGUAUAAGACUUUUAAAAACUAAGGUCGUAGAUUUGCUGAUCUGCAAAUACAGGCACAAGAAAGUAAUUUAACGACGACCAAAACAGUUGGCGAAUGAGCAGAGCUGAUGACCAGGAGCCUGUAAUUUACCAACUCUGCAAAGCUGUAAAAUUGUUGGAAAUGUUAAGAUUUGCUAUUUGCGCAAUGCAAAUAAGAUGAUUUAUAGGGUUUAUAAAGUUUUAUAAAGAAAUAAAGUCAUCUGUGAAAGUAAUACGAGUACCUUCUACAAUUUAACUACAUUCAAACUUGUAGGAAAUCCUAACAUAACUAAGUAGCAAUGAGUGCGUUUAUGUAACCUGUGUCUUGUAGUCCCUUUAGUAGGGAUUCUAUACUCCCGACCUUGGCGUUUAAUAUUUAAUCUACAAUAUUCCAGAAUAUGAAACACCAACAGCUAAUCACAGGUUCACUCAGCUCUAAAUUCUCACAGGUUCAGGAAGGGAGAUUGGAAGUAGCAAUUCAAGAACUCCAGCCCACAUAAAACACACUCAACCACUUCUUUAAAAGAAAAUGUGAUAAGACACAAAUUUAUUGAAACACACUAUUCUAAUUGUCUCUUCUUAUUCAUUUCCAACAGCUUAUGACGUCACUUUUUUUUAGUCUCUGGUUACCUUGGGCCCAAGAACAAAAAAUAC